UGGCCCCGUAUUAAUUGAGCACUUGCUCAAAAUAGAACACAGAAAUAGAAGAGGCAUUUUCUUAACAUAUGGCUGCUACAUAACUGCAAACAUAAUAAACAAGUUGAUCCAAGAAACUACCUCUCUCAGGAGAACAAACAGCUCACAGAAGCUUUUCUUCCUUUGGCAACUGAUUUUUUUUUUUUUCUUUUACAGAUUUAAUUUUUUGUAGUGCAAGGUAAUAAGAAAUCUGUUUUCUCUAGAAGUCCCUUGUGUCUGCAAAAAGUUGUUUGAGAGCAUUGGGGAAAGCUAAUCAGUGACCUCUGUUCACCUCCUUUCUAGCUUUCCCUCUCCCUUUCCUCCCAAAGCUGAGGUGUGUCACUGCUGAACUGAGGCUGAUGAAGAGACUAGAGCACUCUCUGGGAUGCUCAGCUGUGACAGAAGCACUGAUACUGUCUACCAAAGCAGGUUCUGAGACACUCAUUUGCAUAGUUUAACAGAUGCUGGGCAACGCACCUGCUUGCUGUAGCCAAGUCUGCAGAGUCUCUUAAUUCCAAGCCAUGAACGAAUCCAGGUGGACUGAAUGGAGGAUCCUGAACAUGAGCAGUGGCACUGUCAAUGUGUCGGAACGUUACUCCUGCCCACUUGGAUUUGGCCACUACAGUGCAGUGGAUGUCUGCAUCUUUGAGACAAUAGUUAUUGUCUUGCUGACAUUUCUAAUCAUUGCUGGGAAUUUAACAGUCAUCUUUGUCUUUCAUUGUGCUCCACUCUUACAUCAUUAUACUACUAGCUAUUUUAUUCAGACGAUGGCAUAUGCUGAUCUCUUCGUUGGAGUUAGCUGCUUGGUUCCUACUCUCUCACUUCUCCACUACUCCACAGGUGUCCAUGAGUCAUUGACUUGCCAGAUUUUUGGAUAUAUCAUCUCAGUUUUAAAAAGUGUUUCUAUGGCAUGUCUUGCUUGCAUCAGUGUGGAUCGCUAUCUUGCAAUAACCAAGCCUCUUUCCUACAAUCAAUUGGUCACUCCUUGUCGCCUGAGAAUUUGCAUCAUUUUGAUCUGGAUCUACUCGUGCUUAAUUUUCUUGCCUUCUUUUUUUGGCUGGGGGAAACCUGGUUACCACGGUGACAUUUUUGAAUGGUGUGCCACCUCUUGGCUCACCAGUGCCUAUUUUACCGGCUUUAUUGUUUGUUUACUUUAUGCUCCUGCUGCCUUUAUUGUCUGCUUCACUUACUUUCACAUUUUCAAAAUUUGCCGGCAGCACACCAGAGAGAUAAAUGACCGAAGAGCCCGAUUCCCUAGCCAUGAGGUAGAUGCUUCUAGAGAGACUGGACACAGCCCUGAUCGUCGCUAUGCCAUGGUUUUGUUUAGGAUAACCAGUGUAUUUUACAUGCUGUGGCUCCCCUAUAUCAUUUACUUUCUUCUAGAAAGCUCCCGUGUCUUGGACAAUCCGACACUGUCCUUCUUAACAACCUGGCUUGCUAUAAGUAAUAGUUUUUGUAACUGUGUAAUAUACAGUCUGUCCAACAGUGUUUUCCGGCUAGGCCUCCGAAGACUGUCAGAGACAAUGUGCACAUCAUGUAUGUGUGUGAAAGAUCAGGAAGCACGAGACCCCAAACCUAGGAAACAGGCCAAUUCCUGCUCCAUUUGAAGAGAACUACACAGUAAAUCAAAUAUAACCUGACAGUGGUUUUGGAUCGUAUUCUUGAUUCAUCUGGAAACUUGCCAUCAGAGAAAUAUUUACUUGAAUAGUUGACUAUGAAUUGAAGGAUGAAACUAAAAGUUUCUUUCUUUCUUUUUUUUUACUUUUUCAUGAAAAAAACUAAAAUUAAGGAUGUAUAGAGAAUAAUCUCAUGAGGUAAUUAUAGUGUGUGAGUAUAAAUGUGCAGUAAUAGGAAAACUGAAGCACUGAGGGUGAGAAAAGUCUCAAGUCUUCUACAGGACAUGAGCAGCCUCUCGGUGUCCUACGUCUGACUGUUCUCUCUGUCUCUGUGUUUGUCUCUCAUUUUUUCUCUCUCCGUUUCUCUCACUCUUUGUGUUUGUGGAAAUUAUUACUUAGAUAAAUUGCCCCUUAUACAAAAAUGUAUAUUAUAUAUCUGGCAAAGGAUAACCUUUUGCCUCAAAGUGUACUUUUAAACACAAUCUAAGAUUCAUAAGUGAUCUCUUCAUGGAGGAUGCACAUUAAGUGUUGUAUUUUAGCACUUGCACACAACUCCUUUGCUUGUGUUUUUAUAAUCUUCUCUGCAGCACAAAUUUUCUGUUACAAAUUUUUUUUUUUUUUUUUUUAAAGAUGACCGGUAAGGGGAUCUUAACCCUU